AUGCCACGAAUUUCAUGUGAUGUGAUUCAAGCUCAUAUUUUACCACUUCUUCCAUUGGAAUACAUUUUGGAAGGAUCACUCUUUCUCGUGUGUCAAGAAUUUUACGAGCAGUUGUUUCAUAAUGAGCAAGUGUGGUGUGAAUUGUUUAAACGAUUAUGCAUUGGUAUGAUGGAACAUGGAACUUGUAAUUCUUUCCAAACAACCAUGACUCAUGAUUUUGAUAGCGAUGAUUGCACCAUGAAUGUGAAAAUACCAUCAACAAACUCGGAAGAAAAGAAGAAGAAAAAACCACAUACCAAACAGGAUCAUGAUGAAAAGAUUGACAAGUUUUUGAACAAGUUGAACAACGUGGACUGGAAAUAUUUGAGAGCAUUUUGUUUAUUGAAAUAUCACUCAUUUCACCAAAGUCAACAAGCCUCAAAGAAUGGAUAUCCCUUUUCAUUCAUUGUCAUGGCGUAUAAUGUGGAUGGUUCCGAGUCGAAUUGUACCAAUAAGAUGACAUUUCUACAACAGCGGUCAUCACUUUAUGAUCCAAUUUAUUGCCGUUACACAAACUCCAAGCAAACAAAAACACCUCAGUAUUAUGGUCGGUGUUUUGAAUCCGAUCGUGGAGAAACCUCAAUGUUUGCAGCGAUUGAUUUUGAACAAGGAUGA